UCAGACCGGUUGUCUGGAGUGCAGAUCACAAAAAAGGCCAAGCGUAAUCCCGGCACACAGCAACGAUACAUCAAGCUUUAGAUACACAAAAACAUGGCGAGCCUGAUGAGAUCAUCACUGUACAUGCUAGCGUGUCGUCACGCUGCAAGUGUCCGGAUUUUCCGACCAUUCUCGACGACGGCAGACCGACGCUUCACGACGGCAGACCGACGCUUCACGAAGACAGACCGACGCUUCACGAAGAUAAACGUCGACAGGUCCAUUGCCAACGAGGUGUUGCGGUUCUCCCUCGAUGAUCCUGUACAUGAGGCGCUCACGCCACCAUCUAGUUGGUACAAGGAUUCCAGGAUCCAUGAUUUGGAAGCACGAACCGUGUGGAGAAACAACUGGGUGGCGGUGGGAAGGACGGACCAGGUUUCCACCCCAGGAGCAUUCUUCACUGGUACCAUCGGCAGAGAGCCGUUCAUAGUGUCGUCUGACAAGUCCAACACUCUGAGAGCUUUCUAUAACGUCUGCUGUCACCAUGGCAACAUCGUGGAGUUCCAGGACGCUGGCGAAGCUAACCAGUUCGUCUGCUGCUACCAUGGGUGGACUUACGGGCUGGAUGGCAGGCUGACGAAACCAACCAAACUUCGGGGUAUCAAAAACUUCACUGCCAGAGGUAACGGACUGAAGCCCAUAGCCGUGCGCACCUGGGGUCCGCUGGUGUUCCUCAGACUGGACGGAUAUGUGAGUUAUCAUGCAGGGCUACAGACUGACGAGAGCGCGUCUGCGUUUGUAGAUAAGAUAAUCAAGAUUUAUAGGGGGAUUCAUUGAGACAGGGGGGGUUCA